AUGGCUGCUACGGUAGAAUUUAUGGUGGACGACUUCGUUUGUGGUAAUGAUGAUGAGCUGAUAUUUAUGGAAGAGCGUUUAGGUGAGAACAGCGGAUGGAAUGCAAAUGCUUGCCCUAAUGGUGAUGAGGUGAUAUUUAUGGCACAGUGUUUUGGUGAAAAGAGUCGAUGGAACGGCGAUGUUUGUGGUAAUGAUGAUGAGGUGAUAUUUAUAGAAGGCUGUUUUGGUCCGAAGAGUGGAUGGAAUGGAGAUGUUUGUGGCAGUGAUGACGAGGUGAUAUUAAUCGAAAGGUGUUUUGGUCAGAAGAGCGGAUGGAAUGGCGAUGAAGAGCGUCUUGGUGAGAACAGUGGAUGGAAUGGAGAUGUUUGUCGCCAUGAUGAUGAGGUGAUAUUUACAGAAGAGCGUCUUGUUUCUGGUGAUGAUCAUGAGGUGAGAUUUAUAGAAGAGCGUUUUCGUGAGAAGAGUGGUUGGAAUGGAGACGGGAAGAUAAUCUCCCGCCUACGUAUUCAAUAUCACGUUUUCCGUAUUAUUUUUCUGUUUAGUUUGUGGUAAUGGUGAUGAGGUGAUAUUUAUAGACCAGCGU